CCGCAUAGCCGACUAAGUGGUAGUAGUGAAUCCCCCAAUGGUCCAAAACUUGAUAACGCUCAUAUAAAUAGUAAUUCCAUGACACCCAAUGGCACAGAAGCAAUGGAAGCAGUGGCUUCAGCCCAAGACAACUCAUCAGUUCUCCCCACCCACAGAUUUAUCCUUCCAACAGACCUACCCACACAUCUUCCUACCCCUUCCUCACAAACUAUGGGCCGCAUAUGGGCAGACGCAGUUUACAACAGGAAUGCAGCAAGCUACAGCUUACGCUACAUACCACAGCCAGGCCAGCUAUGGAAUCCCUUCAUAUGGCAUCAAGACAGAAGGUGGAUUGUCACAAUCACAGUCACCUGGACAGACAGGAUUUCUAAGCUAUGGGACAAGCUUUAGCACACCUCAGCCAGGACAGGCACCAUAUAGCUACCAAAUGCAAGGGAGCAGCUUUACAACAUCAUCAGGAUUAUAUGCAGGAAAUAAUUCACUCACAAACUCUACUGGAUUUAAUAGUUCACAGCAGGAAUAUCCAUCUUAUCCUAGUUUUGGCCAGGGUCAAUAUGCACAGUAUUAUAAUAGUUCACCGUACCCGUCACAUUAUAUGACAAGCAGCAACACCAGCCCAACACCACCUUCCACAAAUGCAACAUACCAACUUCAAGAACCACCAUCUGGUGUCACCAGUCAAGCAGUUACAGAUCCUGCAGCAGCAGAGUACAGUACAAUCCAUAGUCCAUCAACGCCCAUUAAAGAUUCUGAUUCAGAUAGAUUGCGUCGCAGUUCUGAUGGAAAGUCACGUGGGCGAGGCAGAAGAACAAUACCUUCACCACUGCCUGACUCUGACCUGGAGAGAGUAUUCAUUUGGGAUUUGGAUGAGACGAUCAUUGUUUUUCAUUCCUUGCUUACAGGCUCCUAUGCUAACAGAUAUGGGAGGGAUCCACCUACUUCAGUUUCACUUGGACUACGGAUGGAGGAGAUGAUUUAUUUGGCAGACACACAUCUGUUCUUUAAUGAUUUAGAAGAAUGUGACCAGGUUCAUAUAGAUGAUGUGUCUUCAGAUGACAAUGGCCAAGACUUAAGCACCUAUAACUUCGGAACAGACGGUUUUCCUGCAGCAGCCACCAGCGCUAAUUUAUGCUUAGCAACGGGUGUGCGUGGAGGAGUGGACUGGAUGAGAAAAUUGGCCUUCCGUUACAGACGUAAAGAAAUCUACAACACCUACAAAAAUAACGUUGGAGGGCAAGUUACCCUUUUCUGUACUACAGGUCUUCUUGGUCCCGCAAAGAGAGAAGCUUGGUUGCAACUUAGAGCAGAAAUUGAAGCUCUUACAGAUUCUUGGUUAACACUUGCACUGAAAGCACUCACACUUAUUCAUUCUAGGACAAACUGUGUGAAUAUUCUAGUAACAACUACUCAGCUUAUUCCAGCUCUGGCAAAAGUCUUGUUGUAUGGAUUAGGGGUUGUAUUUCCAAUAGAAAAUAUUUAUAGUGCAACUAAAUAGGGAAAAGAAAGUUGUUUUGAGCGAAUAAUUCAAAGAUUUGGAAGAAAAGUAGUGUAUGUUGUUAUAGGUGAUGGCGUGGAAGAAGAACAAGGAGCAAAAAAGCAUGCCAUGCCAUUUUGGAGGAUCUCAAGCCACUCUGACCUUAUGGCCCUUCAUCAUGCCUUGGAACUGGAAUACUUGUAGCAGCUUAGCAGCACUUUGAAACCCCAGAACCUCCCUUAUGCCCAUGGACAGUAUGCCUGUGUCUUGUGUCAGCAUUGGACUACAGAAUUUUGUGAUUUCAACAUGUUGAUGUACAGCUGCAAUUGGUCUUAACCUUUGCCCUUUCAGUAAAUGGAGGAGCAUGCCUUUUUCUUCAGAACAGCUGUUGACUCUAGUAUUGCAAAUCCAAUGAAAACAAGCCAUGAGAAUGUUUUAACAGCGUGUUUUACAAUAUUUGAUACAAAAAAAAAAAAGGUUCAUACCUGUGAAGAAAGAAAGGACCUGCAAAUGCUUUGUAGUUUUUAGAAUCUUCAAUGUGACACACACAGCUUCUUCAACACAGCAAACUUGAUUGCACAAUGAAGACUGAAUUUUUCAAAAUACCAGUGGAGUAAUUUUCUUGUAAAGAAGGUUUACUUUUUUGGUUUCUCAUACCCAGGGUACUCUGUACAUCUUUACUUAUUUAUGAACAGACUGUGUUUUGACAUCAUAUAACUGAGGAUACGUAUGAUAGGAUUAAGGCUAUUUAUAAGCCUUUGUCUCAUGAUACAGCAAACACUUUUGAUUUUAGCACAUUGCAAAGUAGUUUAAAGUAUGUCUAAUUUAAACAAAUAGGUACAUCACUGAGACAAUCAUGUACAGGAAGAAUUUUUUGUGUAAAUUUGUAAUAAUGGAUGAUUCUUUUACAUAUUGUUUAAGUAAAUGCUAUUGAGAGGUAGUAAUGCCUUGUUGGUGAAGUCUGAGGCAAUGUGUACACAGCUAUUGUGCAGUGCCUUAUCAGAGUGUUGGGUAUAAAUAUGUAGAUAAUGGAUUUUUUAGAUAAAUUUGUCAAGACCAAAAGCAUGGAUGUCAAGUGUCAAUAAGGAAUUUGUUGUUCUUCUUUUUCAGCUUGUUUCUCUUUUGCCCCCUCAGCUAUUCAGACUGUAAAAUGAUGGUUGCCAGGUGUCCUCAUUAAACACGUCACAGCGCUACACAACUUAAUGGAAGAGGAGUUCCUUAUUGUCUUUCAUUUUCUGUUUUAAUGCUAAUGUAUUAAAUCUCCUUAAAGAAUUUGAAUAAUGAAUCAACAGACUCCUCCCAUAAAAAGAAGUUAGAGAAUAGAAAAUACAUUAUACAGUUGUAUUUGACUUGGAGACUAACAAAUCAAAGUUUUCAUGUUGUCAGAAAAUCAAAAAUUACAGCAUGUGCUUUGUUUUACAUAAGUUAGAAAAGAGUAUUUUGGAGAAACUGAGAAAAACAGUAUUGUAUGCAGUGUACACACUUCAGUUUUUUUAAUUCUCUUUCAUCAGGAGUCAGAUUUUCCUAGGUGCAACAUCCAUUGCCGGCAAUGGACACAAUGAAAUAGUUGUCACCAACCAAGGAUGUAAAAUUUCCAUAGUCUCAAUUAAUUUCUUAUGAUCAGCAUAAACUGUGUCUGAUCUAUGAGUUGUGACUUUUCUAAAUCUUACAGGCCAUGAGCAAUGUAAGUGAAACUGAGUCUGACAUCUUGGCCUGAAUUGUACCAGUUCCAUUUCCCUGAUUUCUGUCUUUUCAUUGAAAAGAAACCUCAGCUUUGUUGGUUCAUUCUUCAAAAUUUACUCCCCCUUUCUAUUCUUCCUCCCAACCCAACCCCCCCGCCCCCCAAAAAAACAACACCAGCCUUUUAAACAGCUACCUGCAAAGCACCAAAGUAGCUGCAAAGCAACACCCUCCUAUGUUGGAGGAUUCAUAUUGCUGCUAGUUAAUCAUUUGUGGAUUUUCCAAAUUGCUGAAUUAUCAACUAAGGCCCCUAUCUUGCUAAAACUUACACAUGUGCUUCAUUUUACACAUUAGUAUGAGUAGUUCUAACAAAGUUUAAGCACAUUUUUUAGGAUUGGGGCUAUAAUUAGAUUUUUUUUUCUUUGCUUCAAGCAAAGUAGAGAGUGACAAUUUUUUGUCUUUUCAAUUUUUGUAGUCAUUUUGCAGACUGAAAAAAAAACCAGUUUAUCUUGGCCUUAUUGUACAAAAAGGUGUGUUGUGUCCACAAUUGUGUACAGAAUUUUUCUUCAUUAACUUUGUGUUUUAAAUUAAUAAAAUUGA